AUCCCAAAAUAUUUCAAUCGCAUUAUCCGUCAUAGUGGAAUCAAAAGUUUGAAAAGUAGGAAAAAUGGAAUCAGAUGAGAAAAGUGAUGCAUCACACCCACAACUCUUGCAUCGCUACCUAUCGCAGAAACAAAUUGAUCAUUUACAUGAGAUUUUUAGCAAACGUAAACAGUUGCUUCCCGAUGAAUUGCAAACCGAAUUGUUUGACCUAACUGGGGUAAAAUUCAGCGAUGAAGAGUUUCAAACCCUAUUUAUGAAAAUAAAUGCCAAUAAGGAUGAAUAUUGCCAAUGGGAUGAACUGGUGAGCUACCUGAUUCUGGGAUUCCAGAACGAUGAUCCUCUGGCAGUGCAGGAGUCUUUGGAUCUACCCAUUUCGCAGGACAUGAGCAUGAAGUUGGGAAGACAAACAUAUCCGGUGACGAAAAUUCAGUAUGCUCCCUUGGUUUUAUAUGAUGGAACCGUUAACUGGUCCCAAGGUUUUUGGAUUACUUCUACUCGGGAGGCUGUCAUAAACUUUUGGAAACGAGAUUUUAAACACCUCAAAACUGGAAAGGCAUUCAGCGUGGAUCUAAAACGCAUCAAAACGAUGGUUCUGGACACGGCAGUUCUUCCCGAUCAGAACUUUUUCUGCGUCGCAUGUUUAGAAUGUGAACUUCGUUUCUAUGACAUUAUUGCUUCCGGAUUCACACUUAAGACGAUCAUCAAUCGAAUUCCCAAUGCAAUUAAUGCGCUUCAUUAUCAUUUCGCGCCUAAUGCCCGCAGCAAAAUGAUAAUCGGUGACUAUGUGGGAUACGUGAGAAUCAUAGAAUUCUUCCCGGAAAAUAAGGAACCGUUCAAGUUCGACGCAGCCACCGCUGUGACCAGAAUGGCUUUCUGCGACUUAAUCGGUGGCCUUUGCCCGCAGAUGACCUGCGUAGAUUACGGUCGAUUAUUGCCGGAUAUUGUACGCCAAAUCGAAUUCAUUGAAUCAAGAAACAGCUUUCUGGCUUGUUCUGAAAAUGAUCCUCUUGUUCCGAAUCAGCUUCGGAAUAUGCUGCAAACAUCGUUAGUGAUCCAACAUAUCUAUAAACUUGAUCGAAAAACAAAAUUCGAGGUUCCAAAGGGUGUCGCAUGCUUCGCAUUUGAUCCUGUAAAAGACUUUUUGGUGACCGGAGGUCCUGAUGGACAAUUGAGGUUGUGGGACAGCCGACGGCCCGACAAACCUAGUCACAUUUUGGCUGGACAUAAUUCUGCUGUUGUUUUCAUGUUUCUGCAAGACGAGUCUUCCAAACUAUAUAGUAUGGAUCAGAAGAAAAUUGUCAAAAUAUGGGAUGUACCGAACCGAGCCCUGAUUCAAACCUACAGUCAAUUUUCCUCAAGUUUGUACAAAACUGUCCCAGCAUGCGCGUAUUACAGUGAACUGAGCCGUGAAUUAAUAAUGGGUGCCAACAAAGUGCUAUCCGUCAGUUGUUGCCCCAAAAUUGCGUUAGAAGUCACCGAUGGUGAGAGUCACACUCAGCCCAUCUCCGUAAUUUUGUAUAAUCCACUGUUCAAAGUCAUUGUGAGUUGUGGUUUGGACAGCUUCAUUAUAGUAUGGGACUAUACUGGCAACCGCAAAUUGACAAUCAUUCCUGAUGCCCACACUGAAGUGAUUCACGGGAUACUGGAGAAGAUCCAUAUCACAGCUGCUUGUUUUGACCCCAAACUUCAAUUGUUAUUGACUGGUGCUCGUAAUGGCGAUUUGAAAAUAUGGAACUUCAACAGUGGAUCAUUGAUGAGCUCUAUGACAAUUGGAGCAGAGUGCGAAGUAACUGCAGUGUUUUGGGAACGAACGGGUAUUCUAGCUAUGGGAUGGAACCAUGUGAUUGUGGAAUUUCCGGUAGGGUCAACAGGCAUGGAUUUCCCAACCGGAGUUGAAUGGCAAAGGCUUCACUCAGAUGAUAUCCUCUGCGCCACAAUGAACCAUACAGUUCCAAAGGCUUUAGCCACAUGCAGCUAUUCGGGAGAAAUCAUUCUCUGGAUGCUUGAAACCGGACAAGCAUAUCUGAGAUUUGAUGCUUCAAAACCACGGAAGAAAAUUCAAAUAAACUUCAAAAAGAAACACACGACUCUACCUAAACGUAGACAAACGCGUUUGUCGAUAUUUCAACCACAAGAGCAUUGGCGACAACGACGGUUAACCAAAAUAGUAAUGCCAGCUACAGCAGAGCUGCUGCGACAGUUAACCAUUCAUAAUCUUCUGUUCCUGGAAGCACGUCCACAGCAUCCAGAGUAUGGAACGCUAUUAGCAUCGGUAGACACUGGAAUGAUUCAAAUUUAUUCGCAUCACCCCAAUGGAGGCUAUUUGGGUUCGUUUAAUGCAGUUCACAUGGCAGGUGAUCGCGUAAUUGCUAUGACGAGCGAUCCUGACAAUACAUUUUUAUUCACUGGAUCCUAUCUAGGAUACGUGAAAAUCUGGUUACUUGACAAUUAUCUCAUUCCAAAAGAAAAAGAAACUAAAGUAAACCAUGCAGCUUUGAGAAUGCAAUUCCCAUUCCUGUUGGAUGACGUUGUGCCAGGUCGGGCUAAACGUUCGGUAGCGAAUCAACCCAAACCAAUGCUCCUGAGCUCUUACCAAGGUCACCGGACUUGCGUUACCUGUUUGGCCUAUUUGAAUGCUUCAAAAUUGUUGAUAUCAGCCAGUAGUGAUCACACAAUUCGCAUUUGGACCAUCGGAGGACGCUACAUUGGAUUACUUGGCAGCCCGAUGAAAUGGCUAACCCUUGAAACGGAUGCUCCUAUACCGCGCAACUACCAAUUUCGAGUACCACCGGAUCUACAUAGGGAAGUCAGUUUCACUACAGCUCAAGUGCUUCGAGGAGGCGAGCGUUAUAUCAAAUUCAAAAGUAAAAUUCUGCAAGAAGCGAGCGAACGCAGGCGAACUGAGGCAAUUGAAACAUACGGGAAACCUUUGGAGCCACCCUACCUAAGAUCGGAAACAUUCCCAUAUGGUCAGCGCGCCUACUGCCAUACGGAUCCGAAGAUAGAUUUUUCCUUUCGGCAAACGCCAAUUUUCGAGCAUCUUAGUAUUCCAAAUUUAAUCAAGUUCAAACCGAUUGACAGUGCAAAAACAUUGAACGAUGCUAAACAGAUGGAUUUUUCCGGUGAUGGUGAUCGAAUUGAUUCGUAUCAAGAGAAGACAGACAGCAUAUUUGAAUAGAAUCUGGAGAAAUUGAUAAAAUAAUAACCUUCCCAGCCGCUUUUCCCGCUUUCCCAGUCCAUAUUAUCAGUCAUACUAUUAGGUUUGGCAGCCACGAAAGCUCUCAUUUCUGCCGAUUCAACAUUUUCCCAAUUUCCGACUGGGGCCUUGUAGAACCAAACCGACAAAUACGCCCUACCCACGCUACAAAUGCUGAUCUCAUUUCGUUCCCUCCCUCCAAAUGGCCACCAAAUGAAUGAACUCCACCCUGUAGUUAUUAUCAAACAAGCUGAUGUUAAGACAGGAUACAAAGAUACGUAAGAAGGAAAAAUGAACAGCCGUAUCUUUCCGUAUAACAAGCAAAAGCUGUUUGUCCUGUAAACGAAAAUAGAAAUGAAAUGAAAAGGAAAUCGAUUGGUGAAUAUUAAUGAAAAUCUUCGGAUUAGCAUCACGAUAUCGUUGGGCUCUGGCAACUGACUGGGUGCAAAAUUAUCGUUAUCAUUGAAUAGCAACAUCGAAAGUUCUCUUCUGUGCUAAAUCAGCCAUUUCCUGUAUCAUUGACAGUCAAUGCGGUGAGGAAAAACGAGUUAGUCAUUCUGGAUUGAACAAACGAAUGUUUCCAAUAAAGCUGAAUA